GAAAUUCGAAUUGGACGGAUUAACACCAAAAUACCCCCUGACUAUGCAAUAGAAAGCUGCAUAAAUAGCCGAAUGAUAUCUCGGAAUCAUGCAACUAUAGAACGUUCAGCCAAAGGUGGUUCGAUACUUUAUGAUCACAGCAUGAAUGGUACAUACGUUAAUUACACAAGAGUAAUGGGUGGAGUGACGCUCAAGCAUGGAGAUAUUGUAUGCUUUGGUCACCUGAAUGGAGCCAAUCUAAAGCCCGGAGAGCCAGUCGCCCUGUUUUACUCUGACCUAAAAUACCGAGUAGAACUAAGUGAUUCACCAGCUAAAGAAAGUGUUACAGCAGGAACAACUAAAAAACGCAAAUCCUAUCCAGCACAACCUGGUUCAACAGUCUCUUCUACACAAAGAUCAGAUGGUGAAGAUGACUCAAUUGGAUCAAGUGAUGAUGAAUCAGUCGAUGCGAAACGACCUAGAAGUAAUGCAGCCUCAGGAGGUGGUGGUGGUGGCGGCGGUGCUGGUUCUGGUGCUGCAUCACGUAAUGCUAAUCGUCAAAAAUUCAAAAAACCUGCCACUUCAAAUCGUCUUAAAGUCGAUGAAGAAGAUGAUAUUGACAGUAAUGACGACGAUGACAAUUCCACUUCAAAACGGUUAAGUUCAGCAGCUAGUUCUAAAUCAAUGAAAAAACGUUCCAAUGGUACAGAGAAAGUGAAAAAAUCACAUUCAAAUUCUGUUUCACGUAAAUCAUCAUCCAGUACAACUAAACCUGGUCAUAUGCAUAGUAGUAAGGAGAAGCGUCGUUCAGGCAAGUCAAGCAAAUCGGGUGGUGGUUAUGACGCUGAAGAUGAUACUGCUGCUGCUGCCGGUGGUGAUAUGUUCCAUUAUGACAGUGAAGAGUGUUCUGCUCGACCGUGUAAACAACCCCAAGAUAUAGCCAUUGAUUGGAUUCAAUGCGAUCGUUGUGCCCUAUGGUAUCAUCAAGUCUGUCUUGGAUUGAAACCAAGUGAAGCCAAUGUUGAAACUUAUUACUGUCCCUAUUGUAAAAAAUAAUUUCCCCUGAUUUUGUUUUAAUUGUUUUCUUUUUUGCGUGUUUUUGUUUGUUCGUUUUUUCUCUUUUUUUUUGAGAUCAGAGACGAUACUCCAUCUAGCCAACCAGCCAGCCAACUCAAUCAUCUAUCCGAUCAGAAAUUCUCUUAGACGUGUACAUAAAAAUUUUCCCUUAAAAAAAGAGUGAAGUAAAUAUUAUAUUAUCCGAGAAAAGAUGAAAAAAAAGGGUCGGAGUGAAAGUGCGAACUACUCCCGAAGAAAGAAAGAUCCAAGCGGUUGUUUUUUAUCGAACUUGUUGAUAGAUGAUGAUAUUUCUUCAUUUCUUUUUUCUUAUUCUUCUUCUACGCAUUUGGAUCGAUCUCAUUUAUUCAUUUCUCUAUUAUUAUUUAGAUGAGAAACACCAACACCACCACCAGGAACAAUAAAAGCCCAUGUAUGACAUGAUAACAACAACAAUAAUACUAGUAAUACGGUACUCUGUGCCCUUUCUAUGCUUUAAUCCCUUCCCCCUUCUCCUGCCCCCAAAACAAAAUUGCCUGUGUUAUCGUGCAAAACUCUAUGCAACAUGUGUCAAGCAACAGCUGUAUUCCCAGAGUGAUUCACUAGUGUUAGUAUGUAUGACAUUGUGGAAUAAUGAAUACGAGUAUACAAUAUACAAUAUAUACACAUACAUGCUUAUAGAGAAAUAUUAUUUCGCUUGUUGGUUUCGCCCGCUCGCCCGCUCCCUUCCUCCCAUUUAAUGUGUUUUUAUAUAAUCUGACUUACUACUUAUAUACUUGUUAUAUAAAAGCAUAUGUACAUACAUAUAUUAUAUUAUAUUUUUGAAGUUUUAAUUAAUUCUUGUCUCUAGUCUGUCUGUUUGUCUUAUGUGUGUAUUGUAUAAUUUCUUCUUUAUACAAACAUGAGUAUUCACAAUUAUUAUAGUUGAUUGUCCUUUGUCGUCAUCCGUCACUCACUUAGAGGAUAUGCAUAAAAUAGUCUCAUUUUAUCGUGCUCUAUACUGUGCAUCUAUCUUGUAUUAGUUUUAAAAAAGGCAUUUUUAAAAUGUGAGACUACUCUAUAACUAUUACUAUUAUCAGUACAACAUCUCUUGUUAUUAUUAUUAUUAUUAUUCAUACGUGCAUCAGUUAUUAAGUUUUCAAUGGUUCCAUUUUGUUGGCUAUCUCUCAUACUUUUACAUACACACAUGCACACAUACACUGCUUAUUAAUUCAUUGCUCAUAACAAAUUAUAUGGUUAUGUAAUUGCUGUG